AUGCGGUUCCUUAUAGUGUUUGCCUCAUUAUUUGCCGUCUCUGCCGCUCUCAACUGCUACAUUUGCAACAGUUUGAACCAGCCAGAGUGUGUCCAUAACUAUGAAAAAUUUAAUAAGAUAUGCCCAGUCAAAUCGUUCGGUGGAAUGAAGUCGGUGAAGCCACUUGGAUGCCGUGUGUCCCGUCAGUAUGUCAAAGAAGAGACCUCAAUUGUCCGAGAAUGCGCCUACACCGGAGAAGAUAUUGAGAGAAAGUCAAACAAGGGAUCCCUCGGAGUAUCACGUGUCUACUCCCAAUGCUCUGAGAACCUUUGCAACUCUGCCGAAUCUUCCACCCACUUCCUCACCGCCGCCGUCUUCAUCGCCAUCUUCAAACUUUUUGCCUAAUUCCUAAAACCUGCUUGUUUUUUCUUCCUCUUUGUACCAGUACACUUUCAUAGAAUUUUCAAUUGUAUUUUUUCUGGAUCUUUCGACCGCAUAAAACGCACAGAACUGUUAGCUGCCGCUUUUAGUCAUGAACAUUUCACUUUUUCUUCUCUUUUCCAACAAUUUUCUUGUCCCACGAAAUCCGCCCAAUGCUCAUUAGUUAAUCGAAAUUCUAUAUGUUUUAUUCUUUUUUGCAUACGUUUUGGUAUGUACUACUUAAAAGUUUCACAUUUUUCAAUACUGCCGUUUAUUGAUAAAAUUUGGUUUUUUU